UAUACACAUGCAGGCAGCAUGCCUUCUGCAUCGGUAGGGUACCUUCAGUCCUUUACCAAACCGUGUUGCUCUUUUUCGCUUUGCUAGGUGUGUACGUGUAUUACAACAUGCCCAGAAUGUCCCCACGCAUGCAUAUUCCGUGCAUGCAUGCUGUCCUAAACUACAUGCAGCUUGCAGAGAUGCUUGGCAAUGCAGGCUUCAACAACUCUGCAUGCGUCGUCCGUUCCUCGUCAUCCUAAGUUUUUGCGUUGUUACACAAUGCGUGCAUACACCAAGGUAAGGUAUGUACACACCUACACACACCUGCCUGAUUCCUGAAUUCCUGUUCGGCAGGCAGAUAGCAUAAUGAACCAGCUUGAUUGCCGGAGGGUCAUCAGUUGCUUUUCAACUCGAAGUCCAACAAAGCAGAUUGCUGCUAGCUUCAAUAUUAUACACACAAGUUGCUGAUGCUAAAAAACCAGAAAACCCAGUUGCCCAGGGCGGCUUGGGCUAUAAAUACCCAUGCAUGCUCCCCAGCUAGCCAUCUCAUUCUACAGCCAAGGAUACACACUGCAGCAGUAGCAGCACUUGGGAUAGGAAUACUACCCAUUGAUUGACAUCGUCGAUCAUGGCUCCAGCAUCAGCUGCAGCAAAAUGCAGCAGCGGCAUCGCUCUGCUCUUGCUCCUAGCGCUAAUGGCGGCCGGCACUUCGUGGGCGCAGUUGUCCACCAGCUUCUACUCCUCCUCGUGCCCCGGUGUGUACGACGCCGUCAAGUCGGUGAUGAAAUCCGCCAUCGCCACUGAGCAGCGCAUGGGCGCCUCCACCGUCCGCCUCUUCUUCCACGACUGCUUCGUCCAAGGCUGCGACGCGUCGCUGCUGCUGGAUGACACGGCCAGCUUCCAGGGUGAGAAGAUGGCGACACCAAACAACGGCUCCGUGAGAGGCUUCGAGGUCAUCGACACCAUCAAGACUGCCGUCGAGAAGGUCUGCCCCGGCGUCGUCUCCUGCGCCGACAUCCUCGCCAUCGCAGCCAGGGACAGCGUCGUCAUCCUGGGUGGGCCAAACUGGGACGUGAAGGUCGGGCGGCGGGACUCCACGACGGCGAGCUUCAGCGGCGCCAACAACAACAUCCCGCCGCCGACGUCGGGCCUCGCCAACCUCACGUCGCUGUUCGCCGCGCAAGGCCUCUCCCAAAAGGACAUGGUCGCGCUUUCUGGAGCUCACACCAUUGGCCAAGCACGUUGCACGAACUUCAGAGCUCAUGUAUACAAUGACACUAACAUCGAUGGCACCUUCGCGAGAACAAGGCAAUCAGGCUGCCCUAGAAGCUCAGGUUCAGGGGACAACAAUUUGGCGCCUCUGGACCUUCAAACCCCAACAGUCUUUGAGAACAACUACUACAAGAACCUUGUCUGCAACAAGGGCCUUCUACACUCCGACCAGGAGAUCUUCAAUGGCGGAGCCACUGAUGCACAAGUUCAAUCAUACAUUAACAGCCAGAGCACAUUCUUCUCGGAUUUUGUGACGGGCAUGAUAAAGAUGGGUGACAUCACACCAUUAACCGGCUCCAAUGGGCAGAUCAGGAAGAACUGCAGAAGGAUAAACUAAUAAGAGGUGCUGCACACUAUCUAGCAAGGGUUUUCAGUGUGAUGUCCUUAAGUUUGUAAUAUGUCUACUUUCACAAAAUUGUGAGAUCAUCAUGUUGUACCAAGGUGUUGAGAUGUUGUUCAUUUGAAUAAUUAAUCCAUCAUUUGUUCUUUAGACAA